AUGCUCAGAGUGCCGUGCAUGAUCCUGUUACUGUACAUUCUGGAACGUCGAGCCAGGAUGAGUCAAACGCCGACAUUCACCUCUGCGGCAGAACGAUGUAUAGGUCUAACUGCCGUACCUAGCGAGAAAAGUCCCUGUCCAACUCUGUUUGUUCUUCUCGAUGAAACAUCUAAUCACUCUCACGCCAAAAGUGAAUCUUCUGCCGCUCGGUCCGGGGGGUUUGCCGAAGUAAUACCACCUCUUGACGAAAUAUGGUUUGCCGCGGCUAAAACCUUUUUCGGGCCACUUGAUCGUCCAAGCUCGGAGUAG